AUGAUCAAUGUUAUCCUGCUGACUGUGUCCCUGGUGUUCGGAAUUUAUUACUAUCGCAGCGACAUUGUUAUACUGACGAAAAGCAUUUCGGAGCUGACUGCCCUUCUGGAGGUGAUCCUGGACCUGCUGUUCUGCAAAAUGAACCACAGGCGACUGCAGGGUCUGAUCGGGAGAAUCAGGAUGUACCUACAGGUAGCCGACGAGCAGGAGAAUAAAAUCAUACAGAGUUACGUGGAUCGUUACAAGAAAUUGUUUUCGGUGAUCGCGAUCGCGUACAUUUCGACUGGAAUAUCGUUUAGCCUGGCUCCGUUAUUCUCUGGGCAAAAACUUCCGGCAGAUGGUUGGAUCCCGUUCUCCGUCGAAUUCGUUGGAAUAUACUGGGUCGUUUAUCUGGUGCAAGUCUAUUGCAUCUUGCAGACGGCGCUCUGCAUCGGUGUGGACUUCAUGAUCACCACACUUUUCUGUUUCACCGCCGCGAGGCUAGACAUACUAGGCUCGAAGAUGAAGCGAGUGAACCGCUACGACCUGCUGGUAAGCUGUGUCAAAGAACAUCAAGAAAUACUAGGAUUCGUGGACGAUACUAAAGCUGCUGUUCAGGCUUUAUUAUUCAAAACGAACAUCACGAUGGGAAGCGCUCUCAUAUGCGGAGCUUUCCCUCUGAUUUACAACCAGUCGUUGGCUGUAACGAGUCAGUUUCUUUGUAUGGUGGUAUCAGGCUGCGGACACCUGUACGUUAUUUCCUGGCCGGCUGACGAUUUGAAAGAAAGUAGUCUACGUUUCGCAACAUCGGUGAACGACAUUCAGUGGAUAGGACAGCCACGGAAAAUGACAAACGUCGUUCUGAUCAUGAUGCAAAGAAGCAGGAAACCGUGUCUGAUCACAAUGGGUGGUUUGCUUCCACCACUCUCCUUGGAAUAUUAUGCACACUUUUUGACUAGCAUAUCUUCCUACUUUAUGGCAAUGCGAACCAUGAUUGAGUCAUAA